UAGGAUGAAUCGAGAUUCAUUUUUUGAACUAUGUACGCUGAGACGCGAGAAGACAAGACUUCAUGAUACUCGUAAUGUUAGUCUUGAAGAACAAGUAGUUAUUUUCCUACACACAUUGGGGCACAAUGUUCGCAACCGGGUUUUAGGUCACAGAUUUAUUCGAUCAGGAGAGACUGUCAGUCGGCACUUCACCGUGUUCUAAUGGCAAUUGUAUCACUAUACCCCGAUUUAGUUAAAUCAGCCGGAACAGAGACGCCAUUGGAGAUCCAAACAAAUCUAAAUUGGUCUGCUUACUUUCAGGAUUGCCUUGGGGCAAUUGAUGGAACACACAUUCCUGCACAUGUUCUAGCGGUUGACCAGGCGAGUUUUCACAAUCGUAAAGGGGUCCUCUCCCAGAAUGUCCUGGCAGCGUGUUCAUUCGAUAUGAAAUUUACAUAUGUAUUGGCCGGUUGGGAGGGUUCUGCUUCGGAUGCGAGGGUGCUACACAACGCAAUGACUCGAUCAGAUGAUCCCUUGAUUGUCCCAAACGGAAAAUAUUACGUUGUCGACGCUGGAUACGCUCAUUCACCUGGUUUCAUGGCUCCAUACCGGGGCGUUUGAUAUCACUUACAGGAGUAUCGAACUAGGAGAGCGCUUGUAAACAUGAAGGAGCUGUUUAAUUAUCGACAUGCACAAUUGCGCAAUGCAAUCGAGCGUUGUUUUGGUGUUUUGAAAGGCAGAUUUCCCAUAUUGAAGAGCGCUAUGCAGUAUGAAUUUCAAACACAAGUCCAAAUUGUGAUAGCAUGUUGUGUCCUACACAAUUAUAUACGUACUGAA